CCAACUAUUCACCACUCCUAACACCUCUCCCCCAACCAGCCCCUCACAGCUCAGCACUUUGUCCAGCAUCUCGGCGCACUUCUUUUGCAAAUACCAUGCAGUCAUCUCUCACUAACUGAGCGGCUUUUAUCUUCAGAAGAAGGAGCCUAACAUCGCCCUCAACCCACUGAACGCUCUACCCCGCCUCCUCACUCACGCUCUCCUCAUGGAAUCACACGUAUAACAGGCAUUUCAACUUUGCAUGACGUCCCCACCAAGGCAGCCCUAGUUAUGAUCAUUCAGAAUUGUAUCAGGGCCAGGUUGAGCGUAAAGUGGUAUGAUAUCCACACAUUCACUCAACACUUCGCUCGCCAUCACCCCCCCCGCCCCAAAAGCCAAAGUCCCAAGCCCCCUCCGCAGCCUCUGCACUUCGAUCUUCAGAAGAAAAGAAAACGCUAUAGGGGAGCCUUUCAUUCACUCGUUCGCUAUUAACGGCGUCCCGAAAGGACAUUUCCAUCCGUCUUGUAAAAUCUGA